AUGAAAUCAACCUCGUUGUGGUUCCUUGUGAUUGUUGUGAUUACACUCGCAACAGCAGCUUCUAUUGAAGGUAUUCGUCCAAAAGUAAAUAUCAAUAAGAGCUCCACAGGAGAUUCUGUAUGUAGAGCUUUGGCAUUGGGAGGAGGUGGCGAUCGUGGAGCCUAUGAAGCGGGUGUGUUAAAGUAUUUGGUUGAGAAUUUACCUUCCGAGCAAGUGAAAUAUCAAGUCAUUGGAGGCAUCAGUGCUGGUUCUAUUAACAGUGUUGGAUUUGGUCAAUUCCCAAUUGGACAAGAAAGACAAGCAUUGAAUUUCUUGUUGACCCAUUGGACUUCUCUCACGGCUUCAGAUGUUUACAAGAAUUGGCCACUUGGUAUUGCUGAAGGUUUCUUGUUCAAGACUGCUCUCUUUAAUACAGAUCCACUUCAUAACUUUUUGACCAAGAAUGUGAAUUUGACAGGUAUUAGAAAUUCAGGAAGAAGAAUUUUGAUGGGAGCUACAAAUUUGAAUACCAACAAGUAUGAACAAUUUGAUCAAUAUACUGAUGAUCUUGUUGAAGCUACACGAGCUUCCUCUGCUGUUCCUGGAGUACUGGAAGCAGUCAACAUGAAGGGAUCGCUCUAUGUAGACGGUGGCGCAAAGUACAUGACACCUGUCUCAGAUGUCAUUGCUGAAUGUUUCAAGUUUACCAAUGCCUCACAUGUGAAUGUCGAUGUUGUUUUGGCCAUUGGUGAUUUACAACUUGCUAAUUAUUUAGAAAAUAUUCAAACAACUCCAUUUAUCUUGUUGAGAACUUUGUUCAACGUUGUUGAUGAUAUCUUUACCAAAGACAUUACUAAUGCUCAAAUUGCUUUUGGAAACAAAGUCACUUUUAGAAUUUUCAAGCCUUCUAAAUGGUUACCUGGAUGGUUCCUUGGAUUUGAUCAUGCUCAAGAAAUGAUUAACAUUGGCUAUCAAGAUGCUCACAAUGUUUUGAACAGCAUCAGAAAUAGCCGCCGUGUACAAUAA